AACGAGAUCGCUUUGCUCAAGAAUGCAAUUGCUAAGCACCCGUCAUCUCCAUCUCUAAUAUCGAGUCGCGAAUCAACCAGAAUCGCGUUACCAACAGUUUUUCAGGCACCUAUCCCACUUUUUACACUUUGGCCCUAGUGUGCCCAAAACGCAUCGCCCAAUAUGCCUGCCAGUACAUACGACCUCCUGCCUGCAUCACUUGCUUCCCUGCUUCAGAACGCAUCCCCGGUAUCAACGGCCCCAUUGACCAAUGAUCCUGUGUCGCUUCAGGCGCAGCUGUCCCGGAUACCGCGGUCAACUUGGGUUCACCUAGGGUCCGAGUGUCAUAAUGCCGGAUUUGCCGCCGAUAUUGCAACAGUUCUCGCGAAGAAACCCGCCAGUGGCGUGUCAUCGGUCUCUAUGUUCUCAACUGCUGCAGUAGCCGCAAAAGCAGCGGCUUUACUCACGGAAACGGGGAUGCCGCGCAUCCUGAGAACCGCUGUCAAGCAGAGUAGGAAGAGAAGAAUGGGCGAUGCAAUUGCGGAGAAAGGGGACAGUGAGCCGCUUUUAUGGGAGUUGUACAAGUUCUAUAAGCAGAAAUGCACACCGGGGAGCACAUCGGGCAGCAACAGCAAAGCAGCACAGCGGCACAAGCCAUCACGACUGCGAACAGGAGUUCUGCCAUGGCAACUUAACUUUCUGAAAUCCGCGUGUCCAGAGAUCAUAGUUCUGGUAUUCAUCGAUGCAUAUCUGGAGUAUGGGCCGCAGCGCGGGUUCGACCGCGACUUACCGGGCGAUUUGGUGGAAGCAUUGGAUUUUGAAUGGCGGUCGAAUUCCGCACUGGCAAGGCGGGCGGUUAUGGCUUUGGUACAGACGCUAAUCGCCUGCCGUCGGUAUGCCAAAUCCAGCAACAACAGUAGCAGCAGCAACAGUGGCAACGGUGCUCGAGAACUUGGUCUUAGCUCCUCCGCAGGCGGUGGUACUAAUAUGACGACGACAGCGACGAGUAUGAACGACCAUGAAGACGAGCAGGAGAUUGAGAGAUCCUGUCAUCAGUUGGCGCUAACGCUUUCGAAGGCAUGCAUCGCUUUGGAGAUCUUCUUCGAGACAGAUCGUGGACGUAGCCUCCCCAAGCUGCAGGGUCUUUACCACCAAGAGGUUGCUGCCGACACUAAGUUGCAGUCAAGGUCAGGACAGGCUGGAGCAGGCGCUGACAGAGGUAUCAAGCGAGCAGGAAUUGGGGCCGGUGUCGGAGGCACGGUAGGCGCAGAUUCACUAGACCCUGUGAGUAGAAAGAGAUUUAAAAGUAGUGGUGGCAUCGAAUCACCGCUGGUAACAUCUUUAUUGGGAGCGACUGCGGGAGGUCAAGGAUCGCCGUCGACAUCUCUAGGAUCUUCGUCACCAGUCUCGAACCUCUCAACUACUACAGAAGCAACAUCAGCAGUAUCAGCAGUAGCAGUAGUAGCAGGCAGCAACCCGGAGGCUACGCUCAGAUCAUCCUCUUACUAUCUCGACCAAGCCCUUGCAGGAUACCCCUCGCCAACGUCCUCUGCACCACAACCGACACCCGUGACAUCCUCACUGACCAGCAGCGCCAACGCACAGCAGCAGGCGAAAAUCAACAACCCACUUUGGUCUCCCAUCAUCGGACAGACCCAGCUGGCACAGUUCCCUGCUAAACAUGCCGCUCAGGUCGAAUCAGAGCUCGAGCGCUGGAUCUCUCUCCUCGGUCGGAUGGACGGCGCCGUAUUUUCUGAAAAGCUGGUUGGUCUAAUCAAAGCCGUGUAUCCAAGUGAUCAGAAGUUUUUGCUGGACCAGAUGCUCAUCGACUACAUGUGUUGGGAAGGCAAUCAGGGACGUGAGAAGGACACGGAUGUGGAAGAUCAGGCGCCAGGAUUUGAUCUGAAGAAGUUCUUGAAGAAAGCGUCAGCAUCGUCGUCGACCGAGCUUGCUAUGGGAUCAAGCCGAACGGGGAUCCGGACGGGAGGAUGGAUUAUGGAGACAGUAAUGGGCGCCCUGGUCAGCCUGGUCAUCAAGCCAGAGGAAAGCAGCACGUAUCUGGAGUCCGGAUCGAAAAAGUGGAUCGAGCCAAUUGAAAUCCCAGUGCAGGAUAGCGAGGGAGUGAAGAAUGCAAAUCUUGUAUCCAUCGCCUCUAAAGCAGGCGUAGCCGGUACACCGGUGCUAGGAGCACCCGCAGGGACAUCAUUAGCACCGUUCUCUUCGUCAUCAUCCACAGCUCCAGCUCCAGCUACCAUCCCAGCCACAGCGGCAGCAGCAACCGUGCCAGUCGUGGCAUCCACUUUCCGUACAUCUGCGGCACUUGGGGGUGCCAAGAAACGACGUGUCCGCAACCUAUACAACCGCCGCGUGAGCCCCUUCUAUGCGAUCCUGGCCAUGUUUCAAUCCAAGCGGGUGGCCGGUCGAAUCGCAGGCAUGUUGUACCUGGAACCCAAGGAUCUGGAGACGACGCAGCAGACGACGCAGCACGAACAGGAGUUAUUGACGCAAUCGACAGCGGAGACGGCUAUGAUGUUGGCUACUGUCGUCCACGGCAACGAAAUUGAGGAACUGACGAUCAAGACUGACCGCAAACGGGGGAAGAAGAGGCGCAAAGAGAUGAAACGCAGACUGAUACAUAUGAUGCAAAACGGACACCACGCAGAUGCAGGUGGCAGCGGCGAGACGCCAGGGGACGGGGAUGUGAAUAUGGAUGAGGAUCCGAAUAGGACAGGACGUGGACAGGCCAAUAAGAACAAAAAGAUGGAGAUUGGCGGAGAAACUGCGACGAAAGAGGAGAAGGAGGAUGACGAGGGGGCCGGGAUCUCUGGAGAGGCUGGCGCUGCGACAACAGCUGCAGGAGCACCAACAGAGGCCGAUGCGACAACUAAGCAGGAGCAGGAUGAGAAGACGCCUAUGGAAGGCGUCACUGUUGAAGAGCAGGAUCAGCACCAAACCGAGCCACGAUCUUCCGAGUGGGCCAAGGAGCCUACGGACGAGGAAGCCCUGGCAUUGGCCAAGCAGGUGGAAGAUUCCCGUACGAUUUGCCAUGCCCCCUUCAAGGUGCUUAUUUUUAUUCUUCAAUACCUGACCAGAGCGAACCAAGCCGGGGCGCUGGACGCAUGGAUCACCGAUGCUCUCUCUGCCACGCUUGUCAAACUGCAGGUCCAAUACUUUGAGUGGAUCCUGGCCUGCCUGAUCGUGUCAACAACGAUACCGUCACCUCCAGCGUCAUCAGCUGCAGAAACCGGGAAUGAUUCUGGCGAGAUUGUCACGUUUGAGGACGAGCUGCUCCGACUUGUGGGAGUCCUAGUUGUUGCACAGGGAAUCGGGUAUGAGCCCGUCAAGACCGCGUUCGAGAACGUUGAAAGAGCAUAUCAACAUGCCGGUUCAGAGUGCUGGUUUAGAGUGCGAGCCAUGAUCGAAGCGCACUGAAAUAAAAAUGCUUUAUGGCAUUGCAGUUUACCU